AUGAAAUGGCCAGACUUACUUGCUCCGCUGCAUUCAACGGCAUACCCGAUGAAGGAGCUGUCGUGUGACAUCGCGAUUAAUACGGCACAGAUUUUAGUGACAAGUAUGAUUGUGUUCCUAUUCGCCACAACUCGUAGCAAUGCUGAAACUUUUCUAAGUCACGUUGGACGGGAUGGAGAGGAUUUAACUUACAUCAUUGACGCGUUGUCGGUGAUUCUGCGUAUCAUCAUCGUCGUCGUCCCAGUGGUCAUCGCCUUCGUUUUCAAGGAUCAUUUUUUCACCGAGUUCGCCGACUUGUGGGAGCCUCCUGCAUCGCCAUGAACAGUAUCUUGCUCCCGACUGUCUUCUACCGCAUUAAGACGUGGGAACGCAUUGCUAUCUACAAGAAGGUAGCGGCUGGUA